AUGAGGAGGGAGAACCAGAGCAGUGUAUCUGAGUUCCUCCUCCUGGGGCUCCCCAUCCGGCCAGAGGAGCAAGGCAUGUACUACGCCCUGUUCCUGGCCAUGUACCUGACCACAGUGCUGGGGAACCUGCUCAUCAUCCUGCUCAUCAGGCUGGACUCUCACCUCCACACCUCCAUGUACUUCUUCCUCAGCCACUUGGCCCUCACUGACAUCUCUUUGUCCUCAGUCACAGCUCCAAAGAUGCUCAUGAACAUGCUGAUGCAGACUCAGUCCAUCUCAUAUGCUGGGUGCAUUUGUCAGGAAUUCUUUUUUGUAUUGUUUGCAGAUCUUGACAGCUUCCUUCUGACCUCAAUGGCCUAUGACAGGUAUGUGGCCAUCUGUCACCCACUGCAUUAUCCAAGAAUCAUGAGUCAGAACCUCUGCUUUCUGCUAGUAAUUGUGUCCUGGGUCUUAUCCUCUGCUAAUGCCCUUUUGCACACCCUCCUUCUAGCCCAGCUCUCUUUCCUCAGAGGCAACACUCUGCCCCACUUCUUCUGUGACCUCUCUGCCUUACUUAAGCUGUCCAGCUCAGACACCACCAUCAACCAGCUGGCUAUCCUCACUGUAGGAUCAGCAAUUGUUACCCUGCCCCUCAUGUGCAUUCUGGUCUCUUAUGGCCACAUUGGGGCCACCAUCCUGAGAAGACCCUCCAUCAAGGGUAUCUGCAAAGCCUUGUCCACAUGUGGCUCCCACCUCUCUGUGGUUUCCCUGUACUAUGGAGCAAUUAUUGCACUCUACUUUGUCCCCUCAUCUGAUAGCAGUACAGACAAGGAUGUCAUUGUGUCUGUGUUGUACACUCUGGUCGCCCCCAUGCUGAAUCCCUUCAUCUACAGUCUGAGGAAUCGGGAUAUGAAAGGAGCUCUGAGAAACAUCCUCAGGAGAGGAAUAAUUUCACUAUGA